AUGGCUCCUACGAUUCUGCACUUGCGUUCUGAGGACAAGCCCCUCGAGCACCGUUCAGCGCUCACCCCCACCACAACUAAGGCAUUGAUCGAUGCUGGCUACGUCGUCAAUGUCGAGAAGAGCCCCGUUCGUAUCUUUGACGAUGAGGAAUUCACCACAGUAGGCGCUACAUUAGUUCCUACUGGAAGCUGGCGUGAUGCUCCCAAGGAACACAUAAUUGUCGGACUCAAGGAAUUGCCGGAAGAGACUUUUCCCUUGAAGCACGUACACGUCCAAUUCGCCCAUUGCUACAAGGGCCAAGGCGGCUGGGAUACCGUUCUAGCCCGGUUCCCUCGAGGCGGCGGCACUCUCCUCGACCUCGAAUUCCUACAGGAGCCUGACUCCGGGCGCCGAGUCGCAGCAUUCGGAUACCAGGCCGGCUUCAGUGGUAGUGCACUGGCGCUCAAGAACUGGGCCUGGCAACUGACACACCCGGGCGAGCCCCUACCGGGCGUCGAGAGCUACCCCAACGAGGAUGCGCUGAUUGCGGAUGUUAAGAAGGACCUUGAAGCUGGCCAAGCCAAGGCCGGGCGACAACCCCGCGUUAUCGUAAUUGGUGCUCUAGGCCGAUGCGGUCGCGGCGCUGUUGAUCUGUGCCUCAAGGCGGGUCUACCCACCGAGCAGAUCCUCAAGUGGGAUAUGGCGGAGACGGCUAAGGGCGGCCCCUUCAAAGAGAUCGCCGAGAGCGAUAUCUUCGUUAACUGCAUUUACCUGUCAUCUAAGAUUCCCCAUUUCGUCAAUAUAGAUUCGCUUAAGGAGCCCGGACGCAACUUGAGCGUUGUAUGCGAUGUUUCAGCUGAUACCACUAACCCCUUCAACCCUGUCCCUAUCUACACUGUCGCGACAACAUUCAGCAACCCCACAGUACCCGUAGAAGGCCUAGAAAACCCACCCCUGAGUGUCAUCAGCAUCGACCAUCUGCCCAGUCUUCUCCCUAGAGAGUCUUCAGAGUCCUUCAGCAAUGACCUACUACCCUACCUACUCAAGCUCAACGACUGGCAGAAUAACCCGGUAUGGGCCGGUGCCUACAAGUUGUUCCAGGAGAAGGUGGCUACCUUGCCCAAGGAGGCGUUGAAUUAG